GGAGACUGAGAGCGCCGCCGCCGGAGAAGACCGACCCUCGGCCAGAGCCAGCCCGUGGCGCCCGGGCCUGGCUGGCUGCUUCCCGCCUCAGCCGCAGCUCCGGCUCCCGCCGCCGCAGACACCGUCCAGGCGAGCGCGGCGGAACGCGAGGUCCUUCGGCCCAGCCCGGUCCGGUGCGGCCCGGAUCCGUGGCACGGGAGGACCCCUACAGUGGACCAUGAGUCGGUAAUGCCCACUGAGGACUUCUGGGAGCCAUGUCAGACGAAUCCGCCUCAGGGAGCGAUCCAGACCUGGACCCGGACGUGGAGCUGGAGGAUGCGGAAGAGGAGGAGGAGGAGGAAGUGGCAGUGGAGGAGCAUGACAGGGAUGACGAGGAAGACCUGCUGGAUGACCCAUCCCUGGAAGGCAUGUGUGGCACUGAGCAUGCCCAGCUGGGGGAAGAUGGGCAGCAGCCGCCACGGUGCACUUCAACUACCUCAUCUCAGUCUGAGCCUUCAGAGCAGCUUAGGCACCAAGGCAAGAUCCUAGCAUCCGAAGACCCCAAAAAGAAGAGAGCUCAGAAGCCCUCUCAUAUGAGAAGAAACAUACGAAAGCUUCUCCGGGAGGAUCAGUUGGAGCCCGUUACCAAAGCAGCACAACAGGAGGAAUUGGAAAGAAGAAAGCGCUUGGAGCAGCAGAGGAAAGAAUACGCAGCCCCCAUUCCUACUGUCCCUUUGGAGUUCCUACCUGAGGAAAUUGUCUUACGAGCAAGUGAUGGUCCACAACUCCCUCCUCGGGUCUUGGCCCAGGAAGUUAUUUGUUUGGACAGUAGCAGUGGCAGUGAGGAUGAAAAAAGCAGUCGAGAUGAGGUAAUUGAACUGAGUUCUGGAGAGGAGGAUACUCUGCACAUUGUGGACAGCAGUGAGUCUGUCAGUGAGGAGGAUGAGGAAGAGGAGAAGGGUGGCACCCAUGUGAAUGAUGCCUUAAACCAGCAUGAUGCUCUUGGGCGGGUCCUUGUCAACCUGAAUCACCCUCCAGAGGAGGAGAAUGUCUUCCUGGCCCCACAGUUGGCACGGGCUGUGAAACCUCAUCAGAUUGGUGGGAUCCGGUUCCUAUAUGAUAACCUAGUAGAGUCUUUAGAGAGGUUUAAGACCAGUAGUGGCUUUGGCUGUAUCCUGGCUCAUAGCAUGGGUCUUGGGAAAACUCUGCAAGUGAUCUCCUUCAUUGAUGUCCUCUUCCGUCACACGCCAGCCAAAACAGUCCUUGCCAUUGUGCCGGUUAAUACUCUUCAGAAUUGGCUGGCAGAGUUCAACAUGUGGCUCCCGGCUCCUGAAGCUCUCCCAGCUGACAACAAGCCUGAAGAAGUCCAGCCGCGGUUCUUCAAGGUUCAUAUCUUGAAUGAUGAGCACAAGACGGUGGCAUCCCGUGCUAAAGUGACAGCUGAUUGGGUUUCAGAGGGUGGAGUGCUGCUGAUGGGGUAUGAAAUGUACAGGCUGCUCACUCUGAAGAAGUCCUUUGCCACAGGUAGACCCAAGAAAACCAAGAAACGCUCUCACCCUGUCAUUAUUGAUCUGGAUGAAGAAGAUCGACAGCAGGAAUUCCGCAGAGAGUUUGAGAAGGCCUUAUGCCGCCCUGGUCCCGAUGUGGUGAUCUGUGACGAGGGCCACCGCAUCAAAAAUUGCCAAGCCAGCACCUCACAGGCUCUGAAGAAUAUACGUUCUCGUCGGCGGGUAGUGCUGACUGGGUACCCUCUACAGAACAACCUCAUUGAGUACUGGUGCAUGGUGGACUUUGUGCGCCCAGAUUUCCUUGGUACUCGUCAGGAGUUCAGCAACAUGUUUGAACGCCCUAUCCUGAACGGGCAAUGUAUUGACAGCACACCUCAGGAUGUCCGCCUCAUGCGCUACCGGAGCCAUGUUUUGCACAGCCUCCUGGAGGGCUUUGUGCAGAGGAGAGGCCAUACUGUAUUGAAGAUUCACCUCCCUGCCAAAGAAGAGAAUGUGAUCUUGGUGCGGCUUUCUCAGAUCCAGCGAGAUUUGUACACACAAUUCAUGGACCGUUUCCGGGACUGUGGUAGCAGUGGCUGGUUGGGGCUGAAUCCUCUGAAGGCUUUCUGUGUGUGCUGCAAGAUCUGGAACCAUCCUGAUGUUCUGUAUGAAGCCCUUCAGAAGGAAAACCUAGCCAAUGAGCAGGACCUAGAUGUGGAAGAGCUUGGCUCAGCAGGGACCAGUGCCCGUUGCCCACCACAGGGCACAAAAGUCAAGGGAGAAGAUAGCACCCUGGCUUCCUCAAUGGGAGAAACAACCAAUAGCAAGUUCCUACAGGGAGUUGGCUUUAACCCUUUCCAGGAGAGAGGCAAUAACAUUGUUACAUAUGAAUGGGCCAAGGAUCUUCUGACUAAUUACCAGACUGGAGUCUUAGAAAACUCUCCCAAGAUGGUACUGCUUUUCCACCUGAUUGAAGAAAGUGUGAAACUUGGGGACAAGAUCCUUGUGUUUAGCCAGAGCCUUUCUACCUUGGCUCUCAUCGAGGAGUUCCUAGGGAAACGAGACGUGCCCUGUCUGCCUGGUGCUGAAGGGCAAGGAACACAGAAGUGGGUUCGAAAUGUCAGCUACUUCCGGCUAGAUGGUAGCACCCCUGCCUUUGAGAGAGAGCGGCUCAUCAAUCAGUUCAAUGAUCCCAGCAACCUCACCACCUGGCUGUUUCUUCUUUCCACAAGGGCCGGAUGCUUGGGUGUGAAUCUGAUUGGUGCCAACAGAGUGGUGGUAUUUGAUGCGUCCUGGAACCCUUGCCAUGAUGCUCAGGCAGUAUGUCGGGUAUACCGCUAUGGCCAGAAAAAGCCCUGUCACAUCUAUCGCCUUGUGGCUGAUUAUACUCUUGAAAAGAAGAUAUAUGACCGGCAGAUUUCCAAGCAGGGCAUGUCAGACCGGGUAGUGGAUGACCUAAACCCAAUGUUGAACUUCACCAGGAAGGAAGUGGAAAACCUGCUGCACUUUGUUGAGAAGGAGCCAGCUCCCCAGACAUCUUUGGAUAUAAAGGGGAUCAAGGAGUCAGUCUUGCAGCUUGCCUGUCUGAAGUACCCUCACCUCAUCACCAAGGAGCCUUUUGAGCACGAAUCAUUGCUCCUCAACCGAAAGGAUCACAAGCUGACCAAAGCUGAGAAGAAAGCAGCAAAGAAGAGCUAUGAGGAGGACAAGCGCACAUCAGUCCCGUAUACUCGCCCAUCGUAUGCGCAGUAUUACCCUGCCAGUGACCAGAGCCUGACCAGCAUCCCUGCCUUCAGUCAGAGGAACUGGCAACCAACACUGAAGGGUGAUGAAAAGCCUGUGGCCAGUGUUCGUCCUGUACAGUCCACCCCCAUCCCCAUGAUGCCCCGGCAUGUCCCACUCGGUGGCAGUGUAAGCUCUGCCUCCAGCACAAAUCCAUCUAUGAACUUUCCUAUCAACUACUUGCAGCGGGCAGGAGUCCUUGUGCAGAAAGUGGUCACCACGACAGAUAUUGUUAUUCCUGGACUCAACAGCUCCACAGAUGUUCAAGCAAGAAUCAAUGCUGGUGAGAGCAUCCAUAUCAUCCGGGGGACGAAAGGGACAUACAUCCGCACCAGUGAUGGACGGAUCUUUGCUGUCCGGGCAACUGGCAAACCAAAGGCCCCUGAAGAUGGUCGGAUGGCUGCCUCAGGUUCCCAGGGGCCUUCUCUUGCAUCCACAAGCAAUGGCAGACACAGUGCCUCAUCACCCAAAGCCCCUGACCCCGAGGGGCUGGCCAGGCCCGUCUCUCCUGACAGCCCAGAAAUCAUCAGUGAGCUUCAGCAGUAUGCAGAUGUGGCCGCUGCUCGGGAAUCCCGCCAGAACUCCCCCAGCAUCAGUACCGCCCUGCCUGGCCCCCCAGCCCAACUUAUGGACAGUAGCACCAUUCCUGGGACAGCUCUUGGAACUGAGCCAUGCCUUGGGGGUCAUUGCCUCAAUAGUUCCCUCUUGGUGACUGGCCAGCCCAGUGGUGGCAGGCACCCAGUGCUGGACUUAAGGGGCCACAAGCGAAAGUUGGCCACUCCAUCUGCCACCCAGGAGUCAGUCCGUCGGCGGUCCAGGAAGGGCCAUCUGUCAGCCCCCGUGCAGCCCUAUGAACACGGGUAUCCAGUCUCUGGCGGGUUUGCCAUGCCACCCGUCUCCUUAAAUCAUAACCUCACCCCCCCCUUCACCUCCCAGGCUGGGGAGAAUUCCCUGUUUAUGGGCAAUACCCCCUCCUACUACCAGCUGUCCAAUUUGCUGGCAGAUGCCCGCCUGGUGUUUCCAGUGACUACUGACCCUCUGGUGCCAGCAGGCCCUGUCAGUUCCUCUUCCACGGCUACCUCAGUCACUGCCAGCAACCCCUCCUUCAUGCUCAACCCCUCUGUGCCAGGGAUACUACCCAGCUAUUCACUCCCAUUCUCACAGCCACUCCUGUCCGAGCCGAGGAUGUUUGCGCCUUUUCCUUCCCCUGUCUUGCCUAGCAACCUUUCUCGGGGCAUGUCUGUCUACCCAGGAUAUAUGUCCCCACAUGCAGGCUACCCAGCUGGUGGCCUUCUCCGGUCCCAGGUGCCUCCAUUUGACUCCCAUGAGGUUGCUGAGGUGGGGUUCAGCUCCAAUGAUGAUGAGGAUAAAGAUGAUGAUGUGAUAGAGGUCACUGGGAAAUAGCUAGGAAGCCCCUUCCCACCUCACUUGGGGCCCCUAGCAGGUUGCCCACCAAACUGGAAGGCAGUGAACCUGGUCUUUCUAAAAAUAGGGUACUUGGCAGGAGGGAAAAGAAGACAAAGAAGAGUGGUUGGCCGUUAUGGCAGGGCUCUAUUGCUGUUUAUUAGAAGAUGAAAAAGAAAAGAAAAAAAAAAACCCAGAAACCCCCACAGAGCUGCAAUAGUGGGAAAUCAGGGACCGAAAACAGGGAUGGUGGGGUAGAGCAGCCUGCCUCUUCCUUCCUGCCUUGCUUAUGCUGUCUGCUCAUUUGCCCAUUUGAGUGUAGAAGAGCUCAUAUCCCUUUUUGCCUUUGGGAACAUCUCUCCCAAGAGAGCUAGCUGCCUUACUGAGUGUCUUAGUUUGGCCUGGGGAUGGGAGAAGAGAGAGGGAGUAUGAGGGAGAUGAGGGCGGGCAUGGGAAGCAGACUGAGAUUCCAUGUGAAGUGGUAUCUUUUUAGGAGGUAGGAAGGAAGCAGAACAGGUGUGUGUGUGUGUGUGUGUGUGUGUGUGUGUAAGAGAGAGAGAGAGAGAGAGAGAGACUACACGCAUAUGUAUGUAGCAGAAUGGAUCAAGGUGGGAGGGGAGGGAGGGGAAAAGUAAGGUAAAGUAAAGAAAUGAACUUUUCUUUUUUAAAGUGUAGAUCGGAGUGUGGUGGUUUAUGGCUACUCACUUGAACAUCACUUGAGUCCUGGAGAAGAGCCGUGGGCAUCAUUUCCUUCCAGACAGGCAAAGAGAAGGCCACGCUAACUCAAGGCCCUAGUUUUCAGAGUCACAUGUGUUUAAGUUGAGGGGCAAUCAUGAGAAAGGGAGCAUUUCCAGUCUCCUACUCUCCCCAGUGGUCAUCUCUGAGUAGAUGUCUCUUUCUACACAGGCUAGAUACGCACUGCAGUGAGGUUGAGUUAUGUCGUGGCUUCACCAGGACAGAUCCAAGCCCUUCUCUCUCCCUUCCUGUUAGAGAGCUCCAUGUUAAUUUAUUUCUUGCAGGCAAUUAUUUAUUAUUUUCAUUUGGGGGCAAGGGUGGUAGGGGAGGUUAUAAGAAAGAUAGAAGAUAGUAAAGGAAGUUCCAAGAUAUUCCAGACCCCCUAGCUGCUGGUAAGAGAAAAAAAAUGGGGUUUCAGAUGGAUGGUGAAUUAAUUAACCAGGGGGUGAGAAUUAGAAUUAACUAAGAGUUAAAGCAACUAUGUUGUGGGGAAGUAGCCUCUCAGGAAAAUCAGGGUGCCCUGAGACUGGCUAGUUGGGGGUGGUGAGACUCAUUCCACAGAAAUUGAAACUUGGGAUCAUGGACUUUGCUACUGGGAAGUAAGUAACCUCUACGUUUGGAACUGUUAUCCUCUAUGAUGAUUUUACAGGCCAGUUCUCUCUGCUGAAUAGUGAAACUGGAUAGGUAGCUGCUGGGUUGAGGUAAUGGACUAUUGAUUUCCAGUUGGGAAUUGUCUUGGCUUCCCCAGCAUAUCAGGUGGUCAGUGUGGGCCUGGUUUCUGUCACCUCCAUCUUCUCUGAAGGGUCAUGGGAAGCCCUUCCACUGUCUGGCUUUUGUUUUAAAAGAACACAUGACUUAUUCUGGUCUCCUUCCCUGUUCUAAAUGCGAGGGCAGGAGUUUCUAGUGCUUAAACAUAAACACUGGCUGUUUCUUGGUGUGUACUGUGUCCUAUAGCUCCCCUGCCCCCAAAUAUUUCCAGGCAGUUUUUUGUGAUGAAUAGCACACAGGGUGGUGCCUGACUUUCCCACCUUUCCUUGGCUCCAACCUGAUUGGGCAACUGCUAAAUCUGCCUCUUAGUCCAAUACGCAUCUUAACCUGCAACUCUUGACUAGUGGCUUCCAUUGUUGGGGGGAGGAGGGAGCUUUACGGCAGAUACUGGGGUUUUCUCAGAGAGACAGGGAGAUAUUGAUGGGGUAUUUUGUAUGUUGUGUCUGUACUGUCCAGUAACACCAAAAGUGGACCUUUCUGUUUUCAUACGCACCCUGUCAGACACUGAACUCUUCUACUCAUAGAAGCCUUAGAUCUACAAUUUAGCUAUGCAAAUUAUUUUAAUAACUUAAAAUAGCAGUUCCAGUCAGUGCUUUCUCUGUGAAAUGUAGCCCAAAAAUAGAUAGUUGAGGCAUUUAAAUUGGAGUGGGCUCUUAGGUUGAAGCUGGUGCAGUGGAGUGAGCUAGUCCUGAUCUCUAUAAUUUGAAGAACACACACAGAACUUGGGUUACAUCAAUGCCUCUGGAACACUGAGCUCCCAGAGUUGUGUGUGUUAACUGUGUCUGUGUUUAUGUCUGUGUGUGUAUUACACAGAUGCCUCUCAGACCUUGGAACACUGAGCUCCCAGAGGGGCUUUGUGUAUCUGUGUCAAGUGUGUCUGUGUUUAUGUCUCCCUGUGUGUAUGUAUUACAUGGAUGCCUCUCAGACCUUGGAUCACUGAGCUCCCAGAGUUGUGUAUGUCUGUGUUUAUGUCUCUGUGUGUAUUACAUGGAUGCCUCUCAGACCUUGGAACACUGAGCUCCCAGAGGUUGCGUGUGUCUGUGUCAAGUGUGUCUGUGUUUGUUACAUGGGUGCCUCUCAGACCUUGGAACACUGAGCUCCCAGACUUGUGUGUCUGUGUGUAUUCCUUGCCAGCCAGGGAAGUGGGUGUUUCUGUAUUCACAAAAAGGAAAUCACUAGAAAUCAUUUCAGUAGGAAACUGAAACCCGUCAGUUUUUAAGCUGCCAGGAAGUAAAUGGGUAUUCUGAGAGAUGGCAUGUGUCUGCCCUAUACGCUGUCAUUCCAGGACUUGGAACUCACUUCAGCUUAGCAGAGGCCAUAACUCUAGGCAAGGCUUCUGAUUUAAAAAAGGCUUUUUGUGAUAGUGUGCAGCUUCUGUUGCAUAGCGGUGGAAUGAGAACAUGGGAGAUUGAAUUGCCUAUUGAUUCCAUGGACUUUGGCAUCUGUACCUCCCAUCCAACAAGCCUAAAAUAUUUGGCUUUUCCUGUGGGCUAGUAGGGAAGUGUGCAUGCACAGCAAACAUGAGCAUGUGACGGGGGGGGGUGAUAGGGAACAUACAGUUAGUACUGUACUUAGAUUGGAAACACUUGAUGAUAAGUGGACAUGUUGGCCUAUGCUUGGAAUCCUAGCCCUCAAGAAGCUGAGGAAGGAAGAUCAGCCUGGUCUACAUACACAGUGAGACCCUGGGCGAAGGCAGACAAAGAUCAGACUCGUGCAUUUUCUCUUCACUAUUUCUAUUUAUCUUUCAUGGAAUGUUCUGAAAGUUCACUCAAGUCCAGUCAUUCUGGUGUAUUCUAAAUUCUUAUUCUAGGGAACGCUACUAAAUGAUGCAGGAUAACACUUGAGAUACUUGAUUCCCUUUUCUUAGGUCUGUGUCCCCUCUGGUAGGAAUGGAGUAGCUAUUCAAGAAAGGAAGUACAUGAACCCUGUUGGGUCAGAUCCUUCUUGAUAAGCAUCUCUAAAGUCCUCGCCCCUUUGAGUUAUGCUACUUAAGUAUCUAUUGUUUCCUGGCUUAAAGAUAAUUCUCUCUGGUCCUUGGAACUCUUUUCUAGGAAUUUAUGUGUACAUUAUAUAUUUGUGACUUACAGCUAAAAAAUGAAGUUCCUCACUCUGGGAGCAUGAAGCAAAGAGCUGGAGCAUUUUGCUGAUUAGUUGAAACAAAGCAUCAGCCAUAUAGAUGGGACUCCUGGUAGCAAGCAGUCAGUAUCUUUCUUUAAGCCUGACAUUUGUUGCUCUGGAACUGAAUACUCCUCCCACGGGGGAAGAUUUUCUGGGGGCUUUACAUUCCUUGUUCCUAGAUAGACUCUUGGCAUCCCCUUCCCUUUGGUUUCUACAUGGCCAGACCUGAGUCAUGGCUUUCUGUGCAUUCAGCUAGGUUGCUCUCCCCAACACAGAUGCUGAGAGAAGUCACCCUUUCUCCAAAGGAUGACUGUGGCUCUUCUGCUGACUAAUUCCCAGGAAAUCAGCACCUCCAGGCUGAGCUGAAAGUGCUGUGCUGCCCAUUGCUCACCAUCAGAUUCCGUUUCCUUUCCACUGACUUCUGCCCCCAUGUCUUCAAGUUGCUGUGAUCCUCAGUGUCUGUUCUGUGCCACUAGCUUGGCUCUAGGCCUUUUAUGAAUACCUGAGUCCUAUAAUGAUGAACUAAGUAGGCAGUGUCCACCCUCUUUGCUUUUCAGGGACCCAAGUCUGCGCCUUUCCCCUGCCACGAGUCUGCUAUAGUCAUCUAGUGUGCUGGGGGAGAGAUAGCCAGGCAGACUGCAUAAUCUACAAUGUAGAGGGCUGAGGGAGGUUUGGACACUCUCUGCUACCACUACUAGGAUGAUGUUCAGAUGAGAGGGGACCUCAUACUGUGACCUGACCCAGGACCCUCCCUGGAAGAGAGUUCAGCCCAGCUGUGUUUGAGUGUGUGUGUGUGUGUGUGUGUAUGUGUCUGCAUGUGUGUGUGCUCAUGUGCACUGUGGUGUAAAAUGACUGUUAUCUGGUUGUGUAACUCAGGGUAGGCUGGGGACUCACCAGAAGAAUCCCUCCAGCCUGCCCAAGACAGGUUUUUUUCCUUGUACCCUCUUCAGAGGGAUCAGAGAGAGGGUCCAGGUGGGUUGAAGGGGUUGUAAUGGAUAACCACUAAGGCCACACUGCUGCCAGAGGAGUUGGGGGAGGUGGGAGGAGAUGGGUUGCCCCAAGGCCCUGGUACCUGGCUUUAGUUUUCUGUCUUCUUUCCUCAGGACGCCCCUGAGGCCCGGGACCCGUGCCUGGCUUAGAGGACCAUCUGUGGCUGGUGAUCCAGCUGCUAGUGUGAUCAUGGGCUUCCCUCUCUCUCAGCAGGGCAGGCACUUCUGCCCCAGAGACUGGGCAACUGGCUGUUUCUAUGACGUAUUUAUUUUUACUUGUGUUUCAUGUCACUUUUUUAAAAAAGCAAACAGAACAAUUGUAAGUCAGUAUAACUGCCUAUCAGUUUUCUUUAUUUCUCUUUUUGUAAAAUAAACUUUAAACUCGA